AAAAUUACAAAUAACAGUCGUGUUGUUGGACUUAGUACACUCAGAGAAGACACGACGCAUGAACGGGACAACAUGCCAAAUCCAUGCAGCAGGACCCCCUGGUCGGGAUUCGAACCCAGCACUUUCUUGCUUCGGCCCCGACUGCAGAUUGAAAGCAGCUAACUAGAGAAAGUCUUAUUUCCUAUAGCAUUGAAAGCAUCAAUUUUUAGCUCCGCCCUACCAGGAAGCCACGGAGAACCCUGAAACUUUGAAGCUGUGGUGAAGACGCCGGAAACAGGACCUACUGCAUGUGUCUCCCAGAAUGGAGGUGGGGGAAUUACUGGAUUGUUGCCUCAGAGCAGCAGAAGCUCCUCAAAGUACUCAGGUCUCUGAACUUGUGAGGCUGCAGUACUGUUGUUGCAGAGAAUCGCUGUGUGCAGAACUGGCCUCUUUGUUGCAGGAGGCUAUGGAAAUGAAGUGGCCCUUUGUCACAGAGAAGUGGCAAUAUAAGCAGUCCAUCAGUCCCACAGACAAGACCAACCUCAGUGACCUCAUCAGCAAACACAUGCACCAACUCUUGGAUCUUCUGAAAACAUCCAUCAUGGCUCAGGAAGCACAGACAUCCCUGGCAGUGGUCUUCUUAAUGGACCGCUUCCUCUACUGGACUGAUGAAUCCAGCCGGCUUCUAAAGAUCACCAAGCUGCUCCACAAGCAGCACCCUGACACCCCCAUAGCCCCUCAGUUGGUCAUACGGCAGGCCAGGGUCUUCCUCAACGCUGGGAAACUUCAAAAGGCAGAAUCCAUCCUGAGCAGUUUGAUUUAUAAAAAUGGAACAACAGGUUGUUGGGUCUACCACUGUGACAGCGACAAAGUGCUGGUGCAAGCUGUUAGUGUUCAAGUGCGUGGAAUGGUUUUGCAAAAGCUUGGUCUGUGGCUGCAGGCUGCAGAGCUAAUCUGGACUUCCCUUGUUGGAUUUUACUCACUCCCUCAGCCUGAUAAAAAGGGCAUUGGAACAUCUCUUGGGUUACUAGCUAACAUAUUGGUGUCCAUGAACGAUGAAGACUUCCAUGCUUUUAAGACUAAUCCAGAUAUUGAUAUACCAUCUUUACUUGGGAAUGCCAAGAGUCAUCGACUUCUUUCGGCCGCCCAAGCAGCUAAGAUGUCUGUGGUGUACAGUCAGUACACUUCACUUUAUGUGCUGACUAACGUGACGGCUCGAGGAACCUGCUUGCUGUCGUACAGUUUCUCAUUAGAAUGCCCUGCCUCUAAAAGGACAUCCUUCCUCCAGAAGGCUCGAGAGGCCUUUGUGAUCGGCCUUCUCACCAAAGCAGAGGGCGAGCCGGUCACUAGCCAGCAGGAACUUCACACCUUCCUCAAGGCGGCCUAUUCUAUCACCGUCACUGAUAAGUGGCUUGACGCUCCUAAGGAGGCUGUGGUGAAGGCUGCUCAAGCUUGUCAGCAAGCUUUAGGGAUUUUUUACAAGUACUGUCAUGCCAGCAUUCAAGACAAAUAUGGCCUGUGUGUUGAAAUCAUGCGUCAAGUCACCCGAGUCAAGCUUCUGCUGGGUGUGGAGCCAUUCCCUAAUUCAGAUAAGGGAUCUUUUAUCCCUGACAGCUACAGAAAUGUCAAAGAUUCCUCUGUAAAUUUCACCCUGGAGGGUUUCUCAAAGAUAUUGGGGAAAUUUCAGAAGUAUCAUGCGUCGCUGUGUGAGACCUCCAAAAGUUGCAAAGGGACCCAAGACAACGUAGCAGAAAAGCUGUGUUUAACAGCAUUGGAUACAACUGUGGGUCCAGUCAACACAGAAUGUGGUACAGAAGCUGCUGAGCAAAAACUGAGAAGCUCAGAUCCAUCCAAUGUGUUUCUGUCUCCAAAUGCUGGCUUGUCUCACACCCUGGAAAGCUCAGACCCCCUGGGAUCUUCUUGGCAAAAGCUCUCCAUGAUUACUUUAGGCUUUCCUCAGCCCAGCAGCAGUGCGCCUAGAAGUGGCAGUGGACACGGAGCAAGCAUAAGCGAUCAGAGCAGUAUUCCCACUGAGAGUGAUGAUGGCAGUUUCUCACACUCUGCUGAUGAAAACGAAAAGCAGAAGCCACAGAGCCGUAACUCUGGUAUCAGUUCCCAUCCACUUCCCAAGUCUACAACUCCUAAAUCCCUGAGUCAUUCACCACAGUUUGAAGUAAUUCAAGGCGGAAUAGAGACAGAAGACACGGACUGGAUGACUGAUGUUAAUGAUGUGGAAACCAAAGAGUCUCUGCAUUCCCUGUCCCAGCUAGCUCUCAAAACCUCUUCCAGCUCCCUUGGCGAGAGUUUCGGUUCCCAGUCAUCUUGGGAGAAAAUCUCAACUGGCCAAAAUUUUCCUAUGUGUGAAAAAGCAAAGCCAAGCCAUCUGUCAAAAUCAAGAACUAAGUCUGCAAGUUCUGAUGGGAGCUUCUUUAUCAUGGAAACCCUUGACUCUGAAAGCAGCUGUUUAACUGAUGGCAUCACAGAUCAGGGCAACUCAGAGAGGUCUUCGCCUGAGCUGCAACUUCUGGAGAGCCACGAUGUUCGCUCAAAUAUAAAAAGGGCAGCCGAUUUAAAUCCAGUAAAACCUGGAAGCCACACUGCCUCAGUGGCCCAACACAAGCCUUCACAGAGUGUUUCAGACCACAGCGCACCCACUGAGUGCUCAGAGGAAAGCUCAUACGAGCUGCUGGGGAUAGAUGAAAAUGGGCGCCAAGGCAAUGAAGGGACUUCUGCAGAAAAAGCCCCUCAGAACAUGAAUGCUUUGUGCUACAGCUGUCUGUACCACAGCACAGCAGCUGCUCCUGUUAGACAGUACAUGUUGUCCCAGCAGGAUUACCAGGCUCUGCUGGCUGGAAUCUGCCAUGACUGUCUGCUGAGGAGGCUCCACAGCAAAACAACACUAUUCAGACUCCAGAGUGUUCAAACUGCCUACAGUGCUCUUCAUCUAAAGUUCUCCAAGGCCACAGGAUUGUGGACAGCAAGAGAGACCUGUGUUUACAUCGGGGAUCUGAUGGAGAUGGAGGGCAAACAGAGAAGAGCUAUAUGGGUCCAGUUUUUGCACCAGGAGGAGAGGUUAAGCAGUUAUGUUGGAAAGGAUUACUUGAAGCCAAGAGAAAUCCACUAUCACCUAAACGACGUAGAGCGACAGAUGACAGCCCAGUACUAUGUGACUGAAUUCAACAAGAGUCUCUAUGAUAAAGAGGUUUUGGCUCAGAUCUUCUUCAUUCCCUCAGACGCAUUGUUGAUUCUAAACGGCGAUGAGAUUGUGGGCUGCAUAACAGUGGAACCAUACAUGCUCGGAGAAUUCGUCAAACUCACAAACAACACCGGCAAGAAAAGAACUGAUGCCGAAGCUACAAAAUAUGGCCUCGCCUUCGGACACUUCACCUACCUGUUCUCAGGUGGCCAGGAAGUUGUUGUAGACCUCCAAGGAUGGACGACUUCCAACGGUAAAGGUCUGACAUACCUCACCGACCCACAGAUUCACUCCACCAGAACCCCUCGAGGGCCCUCGAACUUUGCUGAAAGGGGGCUUGCUUUUUUCCUGAACGAGCAACAUGGACCAACUUGCAACGAGAUCUGCAACCUGCUCAACCUUCCUCCUCUCACCGAGCAGCCACAUGUUUAGAGAUCUGGAGAGUGUAUGUUCUGGUUGAUGCUUCUUCUGGGCAUCUGAACAACACUUCGUCAGAGGUUUAUAGAAAACACUCCUGAUGUUACUCUGCAGCAUAUGUUUUGAUUGAUGCCACAUUUGCAGUGACCUGUUAAGUUAAUAAAACCUAUGUCUGCAUUUAACUUUAAAAAA